CCGGUUUAAUGUCACUGGGUGGCCCCUUUAAACACUGCUAAACAACAGAAAGCAAAAAAAAAAAAAAAAAAAAAACAGUCAACAUUUCAGACUUACAUCUUUAAAAUGGCCCAGCUGCACGCCGGUUUGCAGCUCGACAACCACCGCCAUCCUCUGCGAAUAGGAUACUGCGAAAGACUUUGAGUGACUGCAGGCUCUCGCUUCGCUAACAGUACGCAGCUGUCUGAAACCAAAGCUAAAGGCUAUCUAGCGUCUGGACAUAUGAUAUAGACGCACUAACACACACGGGACAGGGACCUCGACUGGAUAGGAAAAAAAAAAAAAACACCCUCCAUCGUGUAACGUUGACAUGGAUAAAGAAGAAGCAGACCGGCUAAUAGAGAAGGCGAAGCUGUGUUUACGGUCAGGACGGAAAGAUCGGGCGCUGCAGCUGCUCUAUGAAGCCCAGAAUAUUUUCCCCAGCACCCGGGCCAGAGUGCUGAUAGAUGCCAUAGUAAGGAACGGAGGCCCUGCUACUUCAGAGGCAAACCACGUUCCCCCUCCAUCAGGCUGGAGGGAUGAAGACAUGAGAAACAACGAGAAGAGCAAUGCAAACAGUGACGAAAAGAAGAGCUACACCGAGGAUCAACGUCAGGGUGUUCUCAGAAUAAAGAAUUGCAAGGACUUCUACGAAAUCCUCGGCGUUUCCAAAAAUGCAAGCGAUGAAGAUUUGAAGAAGGCGUACAGAAAGUUGGCCCUCAAGUUUCACCCUGACAAGAACUUUGCUCCGGGAGCCACAGAUGCUUUCAAAGCAAUAGGCAAUGCAUAUGCAGUGCUGAGCAACCCAGAGAAGAGGCAGCAGUAUGAUCAAUACGGAGAUCAAUCCACAACCUCCAAUGCACCCCAACACUCCAGCCACAGUCGCCAUGGAUACCACAGAAACUUCCACAGAGACUUCGAGGCCGAUAUUUCCCCAGAGGAACUCUUCAACAUUUUCUUCGGGGGAAGGUUUCCCACGGGAAACAUUCACGUGUACACAAACCAGGGAGCCUCCUACUCUCAGUUCUAUCAGCCUCGUCGUCGACGUGCUUAUGAGAGGCGCGAGGAGGGGGUGGAGGACAACCAGAGUCAGAACACCUUCACAGCUCUCCUGCAGCUGCUGCCUGUGCUGGUGCUAAUCCUCAUAUCAGUGUUUACGCAGAUGAUGGCCACUAACCCACCCUACAGUCUCUUCUAUAAGCCAGCCAUGGGGCUGGUGGUGUCCCGGGAAACGCAGCACAUGGGUGUACCGUACUAUGUGGAUAAAAGUUUUCAGAAAGAAUACGGCGGAGCUGCGCUGGAUGAACUGGAGAAAACCAUUGAGAACGACUACAUCGAACAUCUGCAGAACAGCUGCUGGAAAGAGAAACAGCAAAAGUCCGACUUGGCCAACCUGGGACAGCUGUACCGAGAUGAUCGGUUAAAGCAGAAGGCGGAGUCCAUGAGGCUCGACCACUGUGAGAAACUGCACCGAUUGGUCGGGCGCCAGAGAGGCAAAUGAGGACAGUUUGAGAGGAGAACAUGUUUCUUUACGGACUUUACAACAAUGCGUUUUAUUGAAGUGUGUAAUUGAUCCAAGCAGGCCACUUUGUAAAGAAAUCUGGAUUAGGUACGGCGCAGUCAGUGGGAGAUAACACCGCUGGAAACAAUGUGCCUUCUCUCCUCUUUGAUGGUAGAAAAUAAGAGUUGCAUGUUAGCUGCCGACCAUGGCGGCAACAUCGAGUGCAAACUCACUGUGGCAGUGUGUUCGAUGUCUCAGAGCCUUUAAAGUUUCUUAUAGAAAUGGCAUGACAUACGGGGUCUCCCCUUUGGGUUUUGCAAGCAGUUCCAUGUUCACACAUUAAUGUUUUACUUGUGUAGGUUAUUUAGUUUAACUAUUUUUUGAAUGUGUUUGCGUCCUUGCUAAAAUGUUUUGUCUAUUUAUUUAUUAGUUUAUAGAGUGAAUGUUACUGGAGCAGCUUGGCUCAUUAUUGUUUUCUCUUAGACGGAAUUAAGUCCGACAACUUAAAAUGAUACUGUCGUCUUUGGACUAAAGGCAGAGCUUCAGUACUGUGAAAUGACAGAGUACCUUUUCUUUAUAAUCACAGCAGACGAAUCAGACUUUAUCAUUAGGGCCCGACCAAUCUGGGAUUUUGGGGGCCGAUACCAAUAUCAAAAUUGGGGAGUAAUAAAUUCUGAUACCGAUAAAUCAGCGGAUAUUGUCUUGGAGAGAGAUAGAUUUAGAUAAACACAUUUAUUGGUUGAUUGCUCAAAUGCAGUUAUAAACCACUUCUGGAGAAAAUAUGAUGACAAGAUGGUCACUCAACUGGAAAGUAGCUGCUCAUGUACGUGCAUUACCGCCUGACACUCUGGAAAGUGAUGUUUGUCAUAAUCCCUAUAGCGCCCUCUGCUGGAGAAAGAGAACUGCUAGUGAAAUAGAAUGAUGCUAUUUGACUGGUGAAUAAAUCUAGUUAUAUCGGUGCAUAUCUAAGAUAAAAUUAGCUGAUACCGAUAUUCACUUAAUAUGCUAAUAUCAGCCUUUAUUAUCGGCUGGCCAAUUAAUUGAUUGAUUGAUUAAAUUUAUUUCAGACAUAUCAAAUAAAAAUCAAACAUAUCAAAAAUACAAAAACAAAAAUGAAAAAGCACAAAAAUACAAUAAACAAAAAACAAUGUUCAAAUAAUAAAAAAAAAAAAAAAAAAGAAAGAAAAAGAAAAUUACAUAUAUUCAAUUGAUAUGCCUGAAAAGUAAUCAGUCGGUCUCUAAUUAUUAUACUUCAACCUUCCCUCUGUACGGUGGAUAAUCAGGCAGUUUGACCUCUAGAACUGUAGCAAAAGAAGGCAGAGUAACGUUUUCUGAAACAUGACCACAUUUCCCGAUUAAUGUGCUGAUAAUGAAAGUUUUUACCUGCCAAAAAAAAAAAACAAGCUUCCUCCUCCCUGCACUAAUGCUUACAAUUGUUUAUUGCCAUUCAGAAACUGCUGAUUCAGAUAUAAACACAUAUAAUUGAUGUUUGAGUGUAAGAGAGGACGUGUGUUGAAAGAAUAGGUUUUGUCUCUUCAUUUUUAUAAGCCACUUGACACCGAAAAUCCAAUUCACACUCCUGCACAUUGUUCUUUCUGAUGGACCUGGAAGAUGUAGAAGGCUCAUUUGUGGGUGGUAUCUGUAGUGUUACCAGGGUUUAAAUGGCAUGCCAAUACCUUCUUUUCAUGAACAAUUUUAAGGAUGGCUUCUCUAAAAAAUCAGGGAAGUGAUUUUAUGUUGUUGUUUUUUUUUUCCCAUCUGAAAAGUUGUCCCAACACGACUUAAAUGAUCCAUGUGAAAUUUAGUCUGUGUUCAGUUAAAAUUCCCCCUCGAGAUUUGUGUAGGACUGCAGUGAGCCUACUUUGCUGUUUCUGUUUAGUUGCUGUGUUGAGAAAGUACUCCACAGUAACGUAACAAGUGUCUGUUAGACGACAGCUAACGAUGCAGAUACUGUUAAUGUUUUCUGCCCAUAUUUAAAAAAACGUUUUUUAAAGUCCUGCAUUCUUUUAAUUUAUACUGAUGUUUAAAAAAACACAUAUCUAAAAUGUAUUCUUUAACAGAAUUAGCAGUUUAUUUCAUGUGCAUAAUACUCAAAAUAACACCUUCAAAAAGAAUGAGUGCAGUUGUUGUUUUUUUGUCAGGUCAUGUCCCGAAAAGGACUUUUGAACUUUAAUCCUUUUUUCCAAACCAAGAUCAUCCAAAAGCCAUUCAGACGCUGACAUUCAUUGCUGUGCACUAAGACUGCCAAACUGCCUUAGCUGUUCUCAUCCUAGUGAAUAAUUCAGGUUCAUCUCACGCACUUUUAAGUUAAUAUUUAAUCCUGUGUUCAAUGUCGUUCAUGUUGCAUGCAGCCUAGUGAGAGAGUGUUUUAUUAGUUCCAUGUUGAUUUCAUGCAACAAACAUUUUCCGGGACAACUUGACACACAUAACAUGGUUAAAAAAAAAAAUGUUCAGGUCCACACUGUAACUCACCCAACUGUAAAACCCAACUGUGAUACACAGAUGUAGGUUUGGGUAUCAGUUAAUGUUAGUUCACUGAAUAAAACACUGCUCAAUUCAGUUUUUAGCCAAAAUACAAGAACAUUAAAGAUGUAUACAGAA